AUAUAGAGGUUCGUUUCCUUUUCGUUUCCUCUUAUUCUUUCCAUUCCCGAGAUUUUCUUCUUUCCCAGAUUUUUUUCCCAGAUUCCCUUCCCCAGAUUUUCUUUUCCCCAGACUCUUUAAGUUUUUAAGAGUGAGAACAUUUUGAGUAAGAGAAAUAAUGGCCUUCGAACUCCUCGGCGGCGGCAUAUGGCUCGGCAAGAAGAUGAUGAAAGGAUGGGAGGAAAGGCGGGAGAAACGCAGAAAGCAGGAGCAGAGUGAGAGGGAGAGGGGGAGGAAGGAGAGGGAGAGGUUGAUUAUGAAUGAGGGAGAGGAGGGUGAGGAGGGUGAGGAGGAUGGGGAGGAGGGGGGUGAGGAGGGGGAUGGGGAGGAAGUGAAAGCAGAGGAGAAGGGGGAUGGGGAUGGGGAGGAUGGGGGGGAGGAUGGGGGGGAUGGUGGAGAUGGGGAUGGGGAGGGGGAUGGGGAUGGGAAAGCAGAGGAGGAGUCGACAACAGAAGAGAAAGCAGAGGAGAAUGGGGAGGAGGCAUCGACAGAGUCAUCAACACAUGAAGAUCCACCAUCAGCAGAGCCAUCAUCUCAAGACUCCUCCCCCUCCCUCCACCCCCGCACCGCCGAGCUUCCAGACCCCACCCUCCCACCGCCCUGGAAAAAGCACCCACACGGCUCUCGCAAGCCGCAAAACUGGCGUUAUCUCUGGCCACGGCCCAAGAAAUACACGUGUCCUCCCCACGCGCGCCACCAUCGAGGCUGCAAAUAUCUCGAGAUGCCGACCAUCUACGAUCCAGAGAUUGAAGGAUUGCCCGAUUGGAUGCGGUAUAAGGGGAAAGAGGGAAGGUUGGGGUCGGCGAUGGAUUUGAAGGUUGAGGAGGUUAAGAAGAAUGAAUGUGAUUGAGAUUGUGGAAGUGAAGGAGAAAGAGAAAGAGGAGGGGAAAUUGGAGAGGAGGGGGCAGCAAAUACAGAGUGUGUAUGAUGAGACCACCCCCGAGAUUCGCAUAGCCCAGAGGAGGAGCGAGAUAAGCAUACAAGCGCGAAACACGAAUCUCAUAAUCGCGAUCGCACUCCCGAUAUUCUGCAUCCUCUUGUUCGGACUCCUAUGUUGGCUGAAUAGGAGAAGAAGAAGAAGGAGGGAGGCGAGAGCGAGGGAGGGUGCGGACGUGGAUAUUGAACGGGGGAGACGGGAUGGUGGGGAGGGUGAGCUGGGAUGGAAGUGGUGAUUGUUAAUUGGAAUUGGAAUGUUCAUCUUGAGUGUACUGAGAUCUGAUAUUGGGAUUUGGUUUUGGGUUUUGGGAUUUGGGAUUUGGUGCGAGUGGUGUUUGGUUGAUUGGAUUUGGAUCUGGAAAUAAUUAAUUAAUUGCUAUCUUAAUGGAUAUAGUCAGGAU